CAAAAGAUGGCUGGCGAGUUUCAUAAAUUGCAAGUCAAACGCUAUCCAAAAGCAGAAAAAAGACAAACUAGUGACACAAAGUACUGGAAAAAGUUCAGUUUCCCAAUAACAACCAAGGAGAAUGGAGCAGUGACAUGUAUCAACUUUAAUCCCACAAAACCUCAUGACUUUGCGAUAACCAGCUCUUCAAGGGUACAGAUAUACAGCCCAAUCACACACAAAGUCACUAAGACAAUAUCACGGUUCAGCCAAGUGGCGUAUAGUGGCUGUUUUCGUAAUGAUGGUCAGUUGUUAGUWGCAGGAGGGGAAGAUGGUAUUGUCCAGUUGUUUGAUCUGAACAGUAGAGCCGUAUUAAGGCAGUUUAAAGGUCAUAACGAUGCUGUCCAUGUGACUAAAUUUCUUCAUGACAAUUUAACAAUAAUGUCUGCUUGUGAUGACAAAACAAUAAAGUGUUGGGAUAUAUCAACUGAACAAGAAACAGUGUCUUAUAAGGAACAUGAGGAUUACAUAAGAACUGGUGAUGUUAGUCAAAUAAGUGAAGAUGUAUUUCUAACUGGUUCAUAUGAUCACACUGUUCGUAUGUGGGAUAAACGCUGCGAUAAAUCAGUUAUCACUCUUGACCAUGGAGCUCCUGUUGAGUGUGUCAAAAUGUAUCCAAGUGGUGCAAUGUGCAUCUCAGCAGGCAGUAAUUAUGUGAAAGUUUGGGAUGUUCUUGGUGGAGGAAGGCUGAUCACAGAGUUUUCAAAUCAUCAGAAGACAGUUACUUCAUUGUGCUUUGAUGGAGAACUGAAAAGAUUACUAUCUGGAUCUCUUGAUAAAAAUGUWAAGAUAUAUGAUUUACAAGACUAUAAAGUUGUACAUAGUAUGGACUAUUCAUCASCCAUUCUUAGUUUAGCAGUUUCUCCUGAUGAUACACAUCUCGUUGUGGGUAUGUCUGACGGACUACUGUCAAUCAAAUAUCGUGAGACUAGAAAAGGUGCUGAAACAUUGAAAGCAACAACUACCUAUAGACCUGGAAGCUACAAGUACUUCAUGAGAGGUGCAAAUUUCACACCUCAAAAGGAUGAUUAUGUGGUUUCAGAGAAGAAAAAAACAAAUUUAGGAAAGUAUGACAAACUCAUGAAAAACUUUGAAUACAGCCUGGUAUUGGAUGAAAUAUUAAAGCCAUUGGCAAGUCAUCCUCCAGUGGUAGUUUCUAUUAUACAAGAACUUAUACGAAGAGGAGGACUAGUAAGAGCUCUGUCAGGUCGAGAUGAGAAGGGACUGGCACCUAUCUUGUCCUUCUUAAUAAGAAACAUCCCUAACCCCAGAUAUUCAAGAGUUCUAUUAGAUGUGGCAAACAUGUUACUAGAUAUGUAUAUCCCCAUAUUAGGCCAGUCCAAAGAAAUCGAUAGGUUAUUCUUCAAGCUGAGAAAUUCAGUGUGUCGUGAAGUAAGGUUUUCCAARGAAGCAUUUGAACUGUUAGGUGCAAUGGACACACUCUUUGAAACGUCAACGAGCUCUUUACCCACACAAGACAAUCAAACUUGAAUUGGACAAUUUCAUAAUUGAUAAAAAUUAGGAGAAAUGUAAAUACCGAAAUAUAUAUGUAAAUUAAUAAUUUUUACCAAACUGGGAAAAUUUGCGUACUUUUUUCAUURUGAAUUAAAUCGUGUUUUAAGCACUU